AGGAGGGCAUAAAGUCCCACAGAUUGCAUUGGAGGAGGGACUCAAUCCAAAUCUAGGGACUAGCAACUGCUUAGCAAUGCACUAAAAACCAGUCAAACCACCUUAGCAACCACAAAAGCAUUAAGAAACAUCCCAGCAUCGUGAUGGUGAAUUUUUGCAUUGACAAACAUUUUGUUCCAUCUGUGGUUCAGUCACUCCAAAGAAAGUUUCAUUACAGCAGCAGGCGAAACUCACUCUCGCCCUUCUUCUGCGAAAAUUGAGCUGAACCAAAUAUUGUUAUGUUUUUCACACUAUGUGCUGAACGCCCACAAUGCCAGAAAAUAAUUAAACAGUUUGAUCUUUGGAAGAGCAUUAUUAGUUCCAGUGGAACCUAUAGGACUUGCAAUAUCGUUUUACUCAAAACGAAUACAAAAACAAAUGCUGCAAUAAAAGAAGAUCUGUGGGACCAGUGCAUCACAGACUGUGCUUUGUUACAAUGCCUGUGCAAGCUCCGCAAUGGACCGAGUUUCUGUUGUGUCCCAUCUGCAUGCAAACCUUCGAGGAGAGCCACCGCAAGCCCAUCAGCCUGGGCUGCGGAGACACUGUGUGCAAAAUGUGCCUGAACAAACUGCAUCGCAAGGCCUGCCCGUUCGACCAGACCGCAAUCAACACGGAUAUCGAGCAACUGCCCGUCAACACAGCCCUUCUACAGCUUGUUAGUGGACAGGUUUCCACUCCUCAGCCUGUCACAUUACUGACAGCUGCAGAGGACAUCAAGCACUAUGAGGAGUCUCGCACAUGUGUGGAGGACCUGGCCCUCUAUCUCAAACCCCUCAGCAAUACCAGAGGUGCAGGGCUGAAUGAUGCCGCUCAGUGCAUGCUCAGCAGACCCAUGCAAAGGAAGCUGGUGACUCUGGUGCACUGCCAGCUGGUGGAGGAAGAGGGCCGCAUCAGGGCCAUGCGGGCGGCCCGAUCUCUGGGUGAACGUACAGUGACUGAGCUCAUCCUUCAGCAUCAAAACCCGCAGCAGCUCUCCUCCAACCUGUGGGCCGCCGUCAGGGCCAGGGGCUGCCAGUUUCUCGGCCCUGCCAUGCAGGAAGAGGCAUUGAAACUAGUCUUGCUUGCUCUGGAAGAUGGUUCUGCCCUCUCACGGAAGGUUCUGGUCCUGUUUGUGGUCCAAAGACUCGAACCCCGUUUCCCUCAGGCCUCAAAAACCAGCAUUGGACACGUGGUGCAGCUCCUCUACAGGGCUUCCUGCUUCAAGGUCACCAAACGUGACGAGGAUUCCUCCUUGAUGCAAUUGAAGGAGGAGUUUCGCACAUAUGAGGCUCUUCGGAGGGAACACGACUCUCAGAUCGUUCAGAUUGCUAUGGAGGGUGGGCUGCGAAUUGCCCCCGACCAGUGGUCCUCUCUACUGUAUGGGGACCAGUCCCACAAAUCCCACAUGCAGUCCAUUAUAGACAAGUUGCAGACACCAGCAUCGUUUGCUCAGAGCGUACAGGAACUCACCAUUGCCCUACAGAGAACUGGAGAUCCAGCCAAUCUCAACCGGCUCAGACCCCAUUUGGAACUGCUGGCCGAUAUUGACCCCAGCCCAGAUGCCCCUGCACCCACAUGGGAGCAGCUAGCCAAAGGGUUGGAAGCAGUGCAGACAGUGGUGCACGGCCUGGUGGAUUUCAUCCAGAACCACAGCAAGAAGGGAGGUGACCAGCAGCAGCCACCCCAGCACAGCAAAUUCAAGACCUACAUGUGCCGGGACAUGAAACAGAAAGGAGGCUGCCCUCGGGGAGCAAGUUGCACCUUUGCCCACUCUCAGGAAGAACUGGAAAAGUACCGUAAGAUGAAUAAACGUUUGGGAAUGCGUCAUCAACUCAGCCAGUCCCUGACGCACCUGAAUGAGAUGGACCUAGGUGCAGGUUUGUUGCUUGAGGAAGGCCUAUCCAUGGAGGUACUCUCAUGCAAGCCCACCCCCAUCACCAACGGCAUCCUACCAGCAGGCCCUGGAUCCACUCUGACCCACCUGGUUUCAAGAGGCUCAAAACCAUCUUUCGACCCAUCCCUCAAGACAGGAAAGAUGGACUCAGGGAGCCUUAGUGCACCCGGCUCUCCUCCAGAUUCAUUGGACCUUGUCCCAAAAACAGGGAUGCCCAUGAACUCCCACUCUAGGAUGGCAAGCGAUAGCGUAUACGGACAGAGGCACAUGUCUGCAGGGCCUAGAGUUCCCCACAUGUAUCCACCUCAUCAGUCUGAGCUUUACUACACGGAGACAAGAGCACCACCCCCGUCCGCCCAAUAUGAAUCCUCUCAGUAUGCUGCAGGUAAUCCUUACCCCCAUCACCAUGGCCACCAACGCUACAGCCGCCACCCCGUUCCACCUCCAGAGCCAGGCAUGCCACCAUAUCAGGACUCUUACACCAACUCCUAUACCUCAGAGCGCCAGUACGCCAACCCAUCCUCCAGUACCCAUUAUGGAUAUCCUUCACACCAUGAUGGUCGUCGUCACCCUGCUUACUCAGGCCACCCGCACUCACAAGCUUUUCCCCCACGAGAGGAGCUAGUAAGGAGGAGUCCAGCACCUCUGGAUGUCCCCCCACCCCUACAGCCCCAAAGUUCUGCUUCAUCAUACCUUCCAGAAUCAGCUCAGGAGAGAUACGACACAGAGAACUAUAACCAAUCUAGUCAGAUCAGGAAUUACCACAGGAAUGCCUACACUCGAGCACAGCCGUCCCUGGACUCCCUGCACCGCCGCAGACAAGAGAUCAUGGCCCAGCUGGAGGAGAGAACUGUUGUCUCGCCUCCAACUUUUGGGUCCUCAUCCUCCCUCUCGCACUUGUACAACCCCAACUACCCUCAGGAAAUGAGGGGACAAAGCCAUUACAUGGAGAAGAACUCCCAUGGUUUCGGACAUAUCCGGGAGACGGACUACACCGCUUCAUAUUCGCCUUGGUCAUGUGACACCUUUGGUUCCUACAUUGGAAGCAAGGAUAUGAAGUCCAAAGAAGGCAUAAACGUCAUUGAACAUAAUGCAGGUAAGGGUCUAAGAGCGCACGGCUUGGAGCUUCAACGCAGAGAUGUCAAAGAUGAUGACCCCAUCAUUCCCUUUGGCUCCCUGCCUACCGUGUCCCGCUUUGGAGCCAUCUCACGCACUUCUAAAUCGGGCUACCCGCCAGACAGUCCAAUGCCACCGUUGCCAAACUCUGCCAAACAUACAGCUUCUGCUGCGGACUACAACUAUGGGAACCACAGAGGGUUCAGCAGCGACUCCUACCAGCAGCACCAAACGUCUCAGGGACACUUCAGUGAACGUUUGUCCCCUGCUGUGCAGGCGAGGGAACAGCUGAGGAUGGAGCUCCAACAGGUCAACCAACAGAUCAGCCAACAGAGCCGUGGUCUAGAGAACUCAAGCUCUGUGAUGUCUCAGCCGUCUCGAGUGGACUGGUCCUCUCAGAGUUUAUCCAGUGAACAGCUGAGUCUUGAACUGGACCAGGUGGAGAGAGAGAUCGGCAUGAGGACACAUGGGAUGGCCAUGGAGAACCACGAUGGCAAGUACAAGCUAGUCUCAGUCGGAAACGGCCAAGAGGAACGCGCUCUGCAACGAGACGAGCAUCCACUGACUCGCAGUGAAAGGUCAAAUGGCUCCAUUGUCUUGCCACAUGACUGUGGUCUCAUCAGCAGCAGUAUGUCCUCAUUGACGAGCAAGACAUCCUCUCUCAGUUUGUCCUCGGAACAGGUGGAGAACGGAGUUCAUUCUUAGUCGACUCUUUCUACCUCAACUUCCAUUUCCACUAACACCAUCCCUCUCUAUGGAGCCCUGGGCACCAGUCAGCUCCCCUAUCCCAGGUUCACUCCUACAGGGUACUCUCAUCACCCCCCAAGCUUUGGUUAUGUAACACGCAACUCAUUUGCUUAAUUCUGUUUCAUUUGUUCUUGAGUGUUGUUCUGUUAAAUAGAUAAGGGCUAGAUGACCAUUUAACACUUGUCAGGCAAUUAUGGGUUGAGUCCAUUAGGAUUCACUGUGGAUGUGCCUAAACAGACUUGCACAAUCUUGCCCUCUGUUUACAACAGUACCUGCUGUUGAGUAUUUGAAUUUUGUUGCUCUGUGAAUCACUUUUUCCCUGAGCCAAGCCUUCUUCUAUUGCCUUCUCCUCAGUCUUAAGUAUUUGUCAGGCAACGUGUACAGUAAUUCGACAGGAAUAAUGUUUUAAUUGUCGUUAGGUAAGUGUACCAUUUUGGUUUUUGAAAGGAAAUUCGGUUUUUGAGUUUUUUGUCAUAUGCGCUACAUUUUUGGUAGUUGCUCUAUUGCUUAGUUUGCUUGGAGUCACGUUUACACUUAUUCUGUCACAUAGUUUACAGUGUUUAAAUCAAUAUAAGAAUAAUUUUUAAAGUAUGUACAGUAACUGCUGCAUAUUCAUCCAACAGUAACUAACCAGGCAUGGCACAAGUUUGCAUCUAUAAGCAAUUUUCAUCUAUAUUGAGGCCAAAGUAUACUAAGUUUUUCUGCAUGCCGCUACAUCUCAAAAACAGCGUACGGAAAGUAAACGUCGUCAUCGACACAGUAGAUAUUUGGACAGCCCUUGCGCACUUGACUGGUUUGUGAUACUCUUAACACAGUUGAUGCGCAUGCGUCGAACACAUCCGAAUGUUAUUGAUGUUUAAUGCACAGUAAUGUGGAGCGAGAUUUUGCACCAAUGAGAUUACACAGGAAACCUAGCACAACACCGCAGAAAUAGAAAAAUGUUGGUGUUUUGGACAAAAACUCAACCAAAAAGCUUUUAUCGUUUGUCGCUUUAUCGCGUUGUGCCAGGCUAGGGUAAAGUGUUACACUUUUUAUCAUGUGAUCAGUUUCAUCAUGAUGGGGGUCAAAACUAUACAGUAUAUAGUUGUUUUUUCCAUUGGGCUUCAUUUGUUCACCAGCUUUUGUUUACAGCGUGAUGUAAAUGUUCAUUGUAAUACUUAAUAGUAAUGCUCGUAAACCCAAGGGUUCACUAAAUGAACCUUAAUUCCGCUCGUGCCCACAAACCAUUUUCUGAUCUCAAUCGGGCCCUUAUAUUGUUUUCAGUGUAUUGCACUGUUCUCUCAACUGCCUGGAGACUUCGAUUGAGCUGGCGUUAAUAAUCUUCUGCUAUGAUGGAGAAUCAUUGCAAUUGUUCUCAGGGAUGCAAUAUAUUUUUUUUUUUUUUUUAAUGAAUUGAAAUACCAAUCCAGGUCACUCUUUCUGUGCAUGGAGCAAAUAUAAAGAGAGAGAUGGAUGUGGAGUCUGUGGUUGGUUGGGAGGAACUCAAACUUAAACGCUUUUUGUACCCCACUUAAAGUUUUUGUUUUUAUAUUGUGGGUAUAGUUGCAUUUUUCAUCCUGUGGAUGAAAAGAAAAACCAUUAUGACUACACACAAACAUACAUUCUGUUUUAAGAAUGCCGAUGUAAUAUAUCAAACUUCACUUUGUCAGUGGAAUAACAAUCUUCAAAACAAGCAUAAAUUCCAAAAUCUGGAAGCCUGGUGAUUUAUUCGUAAAUGUUUGAACAUUUCUUAUGCACUGUUUCUUAAAGGUAACUCAUUUCUGAAUGAUGUGGCAUAUUGAUAUUCAGUCCAAAAAAGACUUUGAUCCUCUUAAAACCGCCACAAAACUCCUCUAUUCUCAGUUCUAUUUAACUUCUUUGAAGUGUUUUAUUGGGCUGGUUUGAUCGAAUCACAGGCAGUAUGAGCGACCAGUUCUCCUCACUUUCAUUCAUAUACUGGCUGUGGAGGGGGAAUGGCUCCUGGGUGAAUUGUUUCACUGAACAUUGAAGUCUUGUGACAGGUCUAAAAUCUUUAAGAUAAAGGACAGGAUGUUUGACUGUUUGGACUGGAAAUAGUUGGACGUCUUAUCUUCAAAACAGCCAAACCACUAAGCGAGGUCAGAAUAUUUCCCCACUAGUAUGUUAUUUGGGUUCUGUUUUGCGCCAACUCAGCAAAAAUUGAGCUUUCUCAUUACAUGGAUGUCCGUGAGCUCUGUACUCCACCACCGGCCAGUUCUCCAUCUGUAUUUUCAUAAUGAAAGAGCUUUCUGAAGUUACUCCAGUUUAUUUAAGGAAGUUUGCCCAAGGCUAAAAUAUUUAGCUUUGUUUUUAUUUUUUUUAUAGUGUGCAUCACAGACAGACAGAAAUAUAGGUUAUACAUGGUGUGUUGUUGGGUGUGAAAUAUUGAUGAUGUUGUUUAAUGAUAAAGUUGAACACAUACCCUUUAGCUGUUAAUCUUUGUUGAACAAAAUCAAGCAUUUGUCCGUAAUUAAGUAUAUAAUCACAUGUAAAGUGAACAAUCAGGUUGGAAGUAUUAUGAACGGCACUCAUUUGGUUAAAAUGAGCAUUAAUCAAAAUUUAACUCAACACAUAUUUAAUAGAUGAACAGGCAAAGGGUAGGAAAUGUGUAGAAUUUUGUGAAUGGCAGGCUCAAAUACUACGGGUACAAAUUUUUGUAUGCAAUGGCAUUAAAACACGACUGUAAAUCCAUCAGUAAAAUUAUUCAAAAUAUAAACUAUUCGCUGUAAAUCUCAAACUUACAUUCUUCCACGCAGAUCACUUCCUUAGUGGUGAGAUCUCAUCACUUGAUACAAAACACUGUCAAUUUGGAGUGUAUUAAAAAUGUUUCUGCAAGUAUGAAAUGGUCUCACAAGACAUCCUACAGAUUCUUUAAAAGCACAUAUUUUGGUGGAACGUCUCUUAAGUUGGAGUUGAUUGCUAUUGUUUUAUUUUCGUUGUUUAGUUAUCUUUUUGAUAGUGUUACUAUGGCUUCGGUCUGAGCUUUAGACAUUUAAGCAAUCGUCAAAAUUGGAAGAUUACAACUUAACAAUUUCGAUUUCAAUUUGGUUUUGAUAAUUGUUGAUCUGUGAUUCACAAUGUAGACUUUAAUGAAAAUUAGUUAAAAAGAAAAGGCGAAAAGCCGGAAGCUUUGUUUCUGUGGAGCCAAUCUACUGAUUAUGGAGGACUAUCUUGUUCCUGUUUUAUAACAUCUACAUUCUCUGUUUUAUUUUAAAAGAAAACCUUUGGUUGGUUUAAGUAUAUUUGGGUGUAAACGCCUUUGCCCUGUUGCCUACUCUUUCUUCUGGACUGUAAUUUUUGUUCGACCACAGUUUCAACACUUCAAGACUGUGCCUUUUAUACAAAUCUGCAAAUAUUAAUGUGUUGGGUGUGUAGAUGUAGCCAAACCAUCUUUAUUAUAUUCAAUAAUAAUCAGAUCUUCUCAGUCUUCUAAGUCAGCAUUUAUAUUAAAUGAUCUUUUCAAAUCUGCAGGCUUUCAGGCCACCAACUGAGUACUGCCUAUCCUUUCUGAGAUAAAGGAAAUUAUUGCCAGGUCAUUUGAUUGUUUUGUUUUUUUUGUAGCCAUUUUGUGUAUCUUUAUACAAGCGAACUUGAGUAUUUAAGCGUGUUUCAUGGAGUGAUGGUGAUUGUUCCAUCUUUUUGGUGUUAAGGUUUGGAAUGGAUCAGGAAAACGAGGACAGUCUAUUUAUUUGUGUAUUUUGUCAUAGUUUGUGUUGUUUAUUGAAAGAGGGAGUACCAUGGCUUAUUUCAUGAUUCAUAAUGUUAUCGAAAGUGAGGAUACAUUUUCAUACAAGCGUAGACAGUUCCUUUGUACUGAAGCAAGACUGUUUUUUCCAAUGACUGUUUCCUUGAAUGAAUCGCAGAUAUGAACUACUCUCUCAAAGAAGGGCUUGAUUUACUGUGGUGUUGAAAUGAUGUACUUGAUGUCAGCCAUUUGAAAAUGUACAAAGAAGUUUAACCUAUUGUUGUUUACAUGAUCUCCCAAUGAGCCAAUUGGGAUCACCUUCGAUUUAAAAAGGGAACCAAAAUGAGUGAAACUUGUCAAGGUGAUGUCUAGGUUAUAUUUCAACCCCCUCUCAUUACUGUAAUUAAAAAAAUAUUUUACAUUUACCGUAAUGCAAAAAUCGAAUUAUCAUUACCAUAACGCAAAAAUCGUAUUAUCAUUACUGUAACACAAACAUGUUAUUCUCGUUAUCGUAAAGUAAAAAUCGAAUUUUCAUUACUGUAAUGCAGAGCAAAAAUCUCCACUUUACCGUAACGCAAAAAUGUAAUUCUUAUUACUGAAUGCAAAAAUCUAAUUCAUUUCCGCAAUGCAAAAAAUAUCUGUCAAUACUGUAAUGCAAAAAUCUCAUUGUCAUUGCCUUAUUGCAAAAAUUACAUUCUUAUUACGGUGUGAAAGAAAUUCAAUUAAAGAGAGAACAAAUGCGUCCGGACAGGAUUUUCGUUACUGCAUUCUGGUAUCAAUAAUAAAAUGUCAUAUUACAUUAAUGAGAAUUGGAAGACAAUGUGCUAUUAUAUAAUUAAAUUAUGCUUUAAGUGAAAACUUUAUGGAAAAUAUUAUUUGGAAUUAAAUAUGAUCUGGACAUUUUUCUGUGGGAUCCACCCACCCAGUGCUGACUUUUUAAUUAAAAACAACGUAUGUCUUUUUUAUGAUCAGCGUCCAAUGAAAAGCCUCCGUGUUCGUUGGAACUCCUGUGAGUAUAAAAAUGAGUGAUUGUUGAAUGCGUUCAGGGUCUCUUAAAAUGAGAAUGUAGUGCUAUCUAGUGUAACAUGUCGUAAAACUGCAAAGAUUUAUAUAUGAGGAAAUAGGAAUGGUUGAAAUUUGAAUUUUGACACUUAGUGCCUGAAACACCCAAGAUUGCAGUGUUUUCCCACACUGAUAAAUGAUUAAUGGUACAGAACGUUCCCUGGUCUUGAAGGAAAAUGAUACAUUGCACACACAUACGUAGGAGGGCAUUUCAGUAGUAUAUUGAGAAGUCACAAUGUUACUUGGAAAGCAUAAGGGUUGUGCACAUAAAUACAGGCUUUAGUGUUUUAGCUUAUAGCUGCAGGAUGUAGUUUUGAACUGAGUGAUUGUGUUUGUUCUGAUGUGUCCGAAGGCAGUGCUGUCCACCUCAUUUCUGUCUAUUUGUUCCAACAUACUCAUUGCUUGCACUCAUGUAUUGACUUUUUUGUGAGAUGGGGAGUUUCGUGGUCUUUUUUUACCAUGAUUCAUAACAUUGGGAAAUAUAAUUGCUUUUGAUGAUUUCUCCCAUAUUAUCUCAUAUUAGACUGCUUAAAUUAAGGUACACUUUAACUUCUACAUGAAUAAGAAAAUAAAUGUUUGUAUAUUAUACUCCAUUAAGGAAUGUUUAGAAUUAUAUUUCUCCAAUGUGGAUGUAGUUGUAAUACCUUUUUAUUUUCUUCUUUGUACAAGAUUUCACUGUGUGAAAUUUUGGAUUGCAUUUUUGUUUAAUACAACUCCUUUUCUUCUUUGAGAGGGCAAGUGGGUAUUGCCAACUGGAUUUUUCUUUUUUUUUUAGAUAUUGAAACACUUGAAAUUAUUUAAUAAGAAAUGUAUUUUAUGUGCAACGGUGAUUCUGGCAUGAAUUAUGAAUAAAUGAUAUUGU